CUGACAGACAGUGGCAAGAGGCGGGUCUAUCUGACUUCCCACAAGCCUCAUGGCGUCUUCCACAGCUUGCUUGCGCCUCCCUUGCGCCCCAGCAGGCCUCUCUGGGCCGCAGAGCUGCAGAGGGGCCCACUUUUCCCCGCAGCGGGCAGCGCCAGCCGGCAGCAUUGGGCGCGCAAGGACAGGGCUGCGGACGGUGGGCGCCAAUGGGACCCGGAAUGGGGGAGUGGUGGCAGGCCAGGGCAGCUUCUGGGGAGGCGCCCUGCAAUUGGAGUGCACAGCAAGAAAGAACGAGAAAGUUGAUCGGAGGGCGGGAGAAUGCCGAUGUGCGGGCAACGAGGAUGGGGGCAAGCCCGGGCGCAGCUAUAGCCUGUACGACCAGGCCAGCAACCUGCUGACCAACGUGCUCAACCCGGGGGGCAGCGGGAACAUGCCCGUCGCCGAGGGCGCGGUCUCCGACCUCUUUGGCCGGCCCCUCUUCUUCGCACUCUACGACUGGUUCAUGGAGCAUGGCCCUAUCUACAAGCUGGCGUUUGGUCCCAAGGCGUUUGUGGUUAUCUCGGACCCCAUCAUUGCGCGCCACAUCCUGCGGGAGAACACUUUUGGUUAUGACAAGGGCGUGCUGGCAGACAUUCUGGAGCCCAUCAUGGGGAAGGGCCUCAUUCCUGCCGACCUAGAAACCUGGAAAGGCAGGCGGCGAGCGGUGGUCCCUGCGUUCCACGCUGCGUAUCUAGAGGCGAUGGUGGGCGUGUUUGGGCGGUGUGGCCAGCGCACGGUGGACAAGCUGGACGGUUUGCUGGCUGGGGCGGGGGGCGAGGUGCGCAUUGACAUGGAGGCAGAAUACUCGAACUUGGCGCUGGACAUCAUCGGGAUCAGCGUGUUCAACUACGACUUCGGGUCCGUCACCAAGGAGUCGCCCAUCAUCCAGGCGGUGUAUGGCGUGCUGUACGAGGCGGAGCACCGCAGCACGUUCUACGUGCCGUACUGGAAGUUCCCGCCCGCGCGCUGGCUGGUGCCGCGGCAGCGCAAGUUCGCCACCGACAUGGCACAAAUCAACGCCACGCUCACCGACCUCAUCAACCAGGCCAGGGACACGCGCCAGGAGGAGGACCUGGAGGCGCUGCAGCAGCGCGACUACUCGAAAGUCAAGGACGCGUCGCUGCUGCGCUUCUUGGUAGACAUGCGCGGGGAGGACGCCACCAACCAGCAGUUGCGCGACGACCUGAUGACCAUGCUGAUCGCGGGCCAUGAGACAACGGCGGCGGUGCUGACGUGGGCCACCUUCAUGCUCGCCCAGAAUCCCGCGGCGGUGGCCAAGGCUCAGGAAGAGGUGGACCGGGUCCUGGGGGACCGCCAGCCCAGCCUCGCCGACAUCAAGCAGCUCGAGUUCAUCCGGCUCAUCGUCGCUGAGUCGCUCCGCCUCUACCCGCAGCCGCCCCUGCUCAUCCGCCGAUCCCUCCAGCCCGACACACUGCCAGGCGGGCACAACGGGCAUCCCGAGGGGCACGCCAUCCCCGCGGGGACCGACCUUUUCAUCUCGGUAUACAACGUACACCGCUCUCCCUACUGCUGGAACGACCCCGAGGCGUUCCGGCCGGAGCGCUUCCAGGAGUCUCGGCCCGGCUUCGAAGGCUGGGCGGGCUUCGACCCGAGCCGCAGCCCGGGGGCCCUUUAUCCCAACGAAACGAUGGCGGACUUUGCGUACCUGCCGUUUGGCGGGGGAUCGCGCAAGUGCGUGGGGGACCAGUUCGCGGUGAUGGAGUCGGUGGUGGGGCUGGCCAUGCUGCUGCGGCGCUACAACAUCGCGCUGGCGGGCACGCCCGAGGACGUGCAAAUGCAGACGGGAGCGACCAUCCACACCAAGGACGGCCUCUGGUGUCGCCUCUCCAAGCGACAACCGGGCACCGCGGUCAAAGCUCAGGAACAGGCGGCGGUCACUGUCUGAGCAAACGGCGAGGGGAGCGCCUAGCCGGACGUCAGCUUUUUGCUCCACUAGCUGAAACACGUGGGGCCUGGUCGCCAACAUGUGUUGAUUGAGAUUCGAAAACGAUGCUUGACCACUUACGUGGAGUAGUUGCAGGUGUAGGGCGGCCAGGUAGUCACGCAUACUAGCUGCCAUCAUUCCCCUCUAGAAAAUUUUCAGCUAGCAUCACUGAGGUAGGACUGAACUUGUCACAGGGCUUAGGUUGCGGGGCCUCUGGUUCACUGCAGGAAAGAUUCAAGGACCCAAGGACAAAGCGGGCCUGCCCUACUUUCAAAGCGGAGGAGAUCUAAGAUCACCGGUGGGGUGCAUUUGAAAUAGCGUGGUCGUAUACGCCAUCGAGCGUUUUGGCCGCUCAUUCAUUGAAUCAUAGACUGCCGCAUUCUCAAGGAACUGGCCGUCAUGGUCGGACGCGAACGCCGUCGAUAUUGGGGCGUCAGUACGCUCGAGGCCAUGGUCGACAUAUUCGGCAAAGACCCCAAUGAGAACUUUAAGCCGUACGUCCAUAGUAUGGAAUGUAUAAUUGGCCACCUUUGAGUUUUCUUAACCC